AUGGGGGCAGGAGAGGGUGUUGAUGAUGACGAUGUCGGCGUCUCCCCCUCCUCUCCCUUCUCCCCUAGCCACGACGCGGCUCGACGGCGACUGCCUUUUUCGUUUCCCUCUGGCGUUGCCCCGUCGCUUCGCCACGAGAUUCCCAUGAUGACACGACAGAGACGACCUUUUCUUCACCACUUGAAAACCAUUUCGACACUCUUCUUUUUUUCCCCUUUUGAUACCCACCCCCCACCCCUCAGAGUAAAACAGACACGAAAACUUUGCAGGCAAAAGAGAGCUGCGGAUUUUGCAAGGCAGGCAGGAACGCAAAGCAGAAACUGGAGCAUCAGGGCUUUGAAGAGAGGGCUGGUGUUGAGGGGGCACACUAGAGACUUGGGGGCCUUUUUUGUUUCUGGCAACGAGGAAUAA